UUAUGGUAUGACGAAGUUUUCCCCUUUUUUCCAUACGAACACCUACAGAUCUCUGAGAGAUGCGGCGCUCUCCAAUGAGCACAGGGAUCCGUCUGUUUCCUCACUUCCUCUGUCUCUCUCAAGGCUCGACUCGAAACUCCUGCGCUCUCGGGCAGCCAUCUUGGAUCUCGCUUUGAACGAGAGGUAACGGACGCGGCCGCUCGGGUGGAAUGGAACCGUCGACAAGCGCGUCCUCCCCGCGGCUCCGACGCCUGUGACCGCUGCCGUUAGCGCUGAAUGUACCGGACCCGUCCGUUGAAGGAUCGCUCGAUGAGCAAACCGUCUUUGGGGGCGAUCGCUUGCGGAGGCCCCGUAAAGUGCAGUUUUCGCUGCUCUUAACGCGUUACUUGAACCGGACAUCCGAAAUAUGAAGCAGACGGCGACGCGAGGCCUGGAAGUAUUAUGUUUUUAACAGUGCACAAGUUAGCCGGUCUCGUUAGCUGUUUUGGGAUCUGUUAGAUGGCUCGCGAUCGGUGAUCAAACGCGGAAUAUUUCUCUCCCAAACUUUUAACAAGUUUGCGAGCAGCUUUGCGAGCCAAUCAAUGAUAUUGACCGAGCGAGCAAUUUGCCAAACGCAUAUUUCCCCCCUCCGUUGUACCGCGAAACCCGCUGCUUAAAAUCGUAAUUCCGGGAAAGCAGCUUUCCGUCAACGCCAUGUCAACAACAAGAGCCCCGCUUCCCACCGUCAACGAGCGGAAGGCUGAAAAUCAUACAACGAAUGGCCAUGGCCGAGGGGAGGUGACCUCUCGAUCUGUGAGGUCGAGUGGUCGAAACCGAAAUUCUGGCUCAGGAUUAGAUGACGUGCACCCUCUUAUUGGGAAUUACCGACUUUUAAAAACCAUUGGAAAGGGCAACUUCGCCAAGGUCAAACUGGCUCGCCAUAUCCUGACAGGAAGCGAGGUGGCAAUAAAAAUUAUUGAUAAAACCCAGCUAAAUCCAACAAGCCUUCAAAAGCUUUCCAGAGAAGUCACAAUCAUGAAGAAUUUAAACCACCCGAAUAUCGGUAAGCAUGUUUAUAAAAAUGUUUUUUUAAAUUGAGAAAUAAACUAAAAU